AUGAGAGCGAACAGCAUGGAUGCGCGGGUGGCAAUCGAGAUGUAUGACGACCAGGUGAUGGAGGUUGCAGUCAAUGGGGCCUGGUGGAGCACACUCAACCAGCAAGAGCAGCUCGUCUUCGCCGUCAAGUGUCAGGAGGCGUAUCGCAAGGCCAAGACAGAGGACUCUGCAGGCGAUGGAGUGAUGCAGCUCCCGAUUUCCUUCUGUGAUUGCCUCCCCGAGCCACUGGUGGCUGACGACGCUGCAGCAGGCGAGAACGACAAGGCCGAAGGCUCCAAGAAGAAGAAAAAGAAGAACAAACGCAAGGCGAAAGGCGAGAAGCAGGACGACGAAGCCAAGACGUCGGCAUCAAGUCUGGGCAGCCUGGACUCCAUGGACUGA